UACAUAUACAUACAAUGAGUAGUACUACAUUGUAUAUCUAAACCACAUCUUUAUCCAUCCAUCAUUUGGUAGACAUUUUGUCUUUCUCCAUAGUGUGGCUAUUGUUGAUAAUGUUCUAUAAACAUUGGAGUGCAUGUACCCCUUCAAAUCUGUAGUUUUGUAUCCUUUGGAUAAAUAACUGAUAAUGUAAUUGCUAGAUGACAGCAUAGUUCUAUUUUCAGUUUUUCGAGGAACCUCCAUACUGUUCUUCAGAGUGGCUGCACUAGUUUGCAUUUCCCACCAGCAGUGCAAAGGGGUUCCAGUUUCUCUGCAUCCUCAUCAACACCUGUUGUUUCUUGUGUUUUUAAUUUUAGCCAUUCUGACAGGUGUGAGGUGGUGUCUCAUCCUGGUUUUGAUUUGUAUUUCCCUGAUGAUGAGUCGUGUUGAACAUCUUUUCAUGUGUCUGUUAGCCAUCGGGAUGUCUUCUUUGUAAAAAUGUCUAUUCAUGUCUUCUGCCCAUUUCUUAACUGGGUUUUUUGUUUUUUGGGUGUUGAGUUUGAUAAGUUCUUUAUAGAUUCUGGAUACUAACCCUUUAUCAGAUAUGUCAUUUGCAUAUCUUGUUACCUUCUCCCAUUCCAUAGGCGGCCUUUUAUUUUUGUUGAUUGUUUCCUUUGCUGUGCAGAAGCUUCUUAUCUUGAUGAAAUCCCAAUAGUUCAUUUUUGCUUUUGUUUCCCUUGUUUCUGGGGACAUGUCUGGUAAGAAUUUGCUGUGGCUGAUGUCAAAGAGGUUGCUGCCUCGGUUCUCCUCUAGGAUAUUGGUGGAUUUUCUGUCUCAUAUUUAGGUCUUUCAUCCAUUUUGAAUUUAUUUUUGUGUAUGGUGUAAAACAGUGAUCGAGUUUCAUUCUUUUGCAUGUUGCUUUCCAGUUUUCCCAACACCACUUGUUCAAGAGACUGUCUUUUUUUCUCACUGGAUAUUCUCUCCUGCUUUGUCGAAAAUACUUGACCAUAUAGUGAUGGGUCAAUUUCUGGGUUUUCUAUUCUGUUUCAUGGAUCUAUUUGCCUGUUUUUGUGCCAGUACCUUACUGUCUUGAUGACUAUACCUUUGUAAUAUAGUAUGAAGUUCAGAAUUGUGAUGCCUCCAGCUUUGUUUUACUUUUUCAGAAUUUCUUUGGCUAUUCAGGAUCUUUUGUGUUUCCAUACAAAUUUUAGGAUUGCUUGUUCUAGCUCUGUGAAAAGUUCUGGUGAUAUUUUGAUACUGAUUGCAUUAAAUGUGUAGAUUGCUUUGUGUAAUGUAGACAUUUUAACAAUAUUCUCCCAGGCCAUGAACAUGGAAUAAUUUUCCAUUUUUUUGUGUCUGCUUCAAUUUCUGUCAUAAGGGUUGUGUAAUUUUCAGAAUACAGAUCUUUUACCUUUUUCACUAGGUUUAUUCCUAAGUAUCUUGGUUUUUGAUGCAAUUGUAAAAGGGAUAGAUUCCUUGGUUUCUCUUUCUGCUGCUUCAUUAUUGGUGUAUAGAUAGAUAUGUGACAGAUUUCUGUAUGUUGACGUUGUAUCCUGCAACUUUACUAAAUUCAUGUAUCAGUUCUAGCAACUUUUUGGUGGAGUCUUUUCAGUGUUCUACAUAGAGUAUCAUGUUGUCUACGAAUAGCAAAAAUUUUACUUCUUCCUUGCCAGUUUGGUUGCUUUUACAGUAAAACCUUGGAUUGCAAGUAACUUGUUUUGCAAGUAUUCUGCAAGACCAGCAAACAUUUAUAAUAGAUUUUAACUUGAUAAAUGAAUGAUGUCUUGCAAUACAAGUGGUAUGUGAUGCCGAACAUCACGGGAUCACAACUGAGCCAAUGGUUCUUCUCUUUCUCUCUCUUGCUGCAGGAUUGUGGGUGAUUGUCUCCCAUGCUUGUAUUCUCAGUCUCAGGCCAUGGUGUUUGGCAAAAAUCAGUGAUUUUUCAGAAUAUUGGAAGGUGCCCACAACUGGCACUACUGUAUUUUUUUUUUUGUCACUUCAAAGCACCUGUGAACAGUCCUUUGCUUUUCCAUAUAAGAGUAAGCUUAGGAAUGCAUUGCUUCAUUCUAGGUCAGGCUAAGUAUAGUUAUAGACCCUUUCUUCUGCUGCCUUAUUGCCAGAUACACUAAAUACAGUAUAUGACAAGUUUAUUAAUACUGUACUGUAGUCAACAUCCGUGUGAGUAUUCAGUGGGCCCCAUGCAGAAAAAGAUUCUGUUGAGCCAAUAGAUAGCAGUGGUUUUAUUAGUGAUAGUGAAAAUAGUCCUACACAAUAACCUGCCUCUCUCUUGUCUCUCCCACACCAGCCACAAAGAUUUCCAAAGAGAGAGAGAAUGAGCAGGGGAGGGGCAGAGGAGACAGACAGGAUCCGAAGCAGCUCCACACUGUCAGUGCAGAGCCUGAUGUGGGGCUCAAACCCACAAACUGCAAGAUCAUGACCUGAGCUGAAAUCAAGAGUCAUCCGCUUAACCAACUGAGCCACCCAGGCACCCAGUAUUGUAAUCAUUUUUAUAUGAAUAUUUUUGGAUUGUGGAACAAAUCGUUUGAGUUUCCAUUAUUUCUUAUGGAGAAAUUCACUUUGAUAUACAAGUGCUUUGGAUUACAAGCAUGUUUCAGGAAUGAAUUAAUUAUGUUUGCAAACCAAGGUUUUACCAUAUUUCUUUUUGUUGUCUGAUUGCUGAUGCUAUGAACGCAGUACUGUGUUCAAUAGCAAUGAUGAGAGUUGACAUGCUGUCUUGUUCCUGACUGUAGAGAAAAAGCUCUUGGUUUUUCCCCACUGAGGAUGAUAACUGUGGUCUUUUGUAUAUGGCCUUUAUGAUGUUGAGAUUGGAUCACAUGACUCUUUGUCCCUGAUGUUAUUGACUAUGGUCAUCUUAGUCAUUUAAAGCUACAUGGGAUUUUUCCUCAAUAUUUUUAGAUUGUACUGCAUCACAUUGCCAAUGUAGAGAAAUUGCCUAUUACUAGCCUGGGCUGUCCCCUUAGCCUCCGCUGCCAGAACUUCUGGGUGGCCCACUUUGUUUUAGACUCUGACAUUGUGUGCCAUGAUGUUUAAAAUUUGCUGCUCAAGCUUUCUCAGCCAGCAUUACCUGAAGAUCUGUAUGCUUUUUCUUAUAAUCCAAAAUCCUCGAAAGAGAUGAAGGAAAAUGGGUGGAAACUGAUUGACCCAAUAUCAGACUUUGGGUGUAUGGGAAUACCCAACAAUUACUGGAUCAUAACAGAAGCCAACAGAAACUAUGAGGUCUUACUGAGUUCAUCUACUCUUCUCUCCACCCAGAUUAUGUGGAACAGCUACUUCUCCUAAACUUGAAGUAAUGAUCUUGUGUAUGGUCAUCCCCUAUGUAGACUGUGUGUGCUUGGUGACUUUUGCUGGCUGGCUGGAACUGUGGCUGGUAUGGUCUGGGUGUUCUGGGACUUUCCACACAGCCACCACCCUCUCAGGACAGAUUCUGGUGUGGUAUGUAUAACCACUUUGAUAAAGGGCUGCAGUGCUUAACAGCCUCCUGGAAAUUAAGAAGCAGCGAUAAAUGCUGGAGUCAGAUAUGCACAAACUAGAAAAGAUCUGGCAUAUCCUUGUGCUCAUAAUGAGAAUAGUUCUGCUGCAAUCAAUCAAGAUGAACCUCAUGGACAUCACCAAGAUUUUCUCCCUCCUGCAGCACGACAAGGAGGAGGAGGACACCGACACAGGGGAGAAGCAGGCUCUCAAUCAAGCAGUGUAUGACAAUGACUCCUAUACCUUGGACCAGCUUUUGUGCCAGGAGCGUUACAAACGUUUCAUCAACAGUAGAAGUGGCUGGGGUGUUCCUGGGACACCCUUGCGCUUGGCUGCUUCUUAUGGCCACCUCAGUUGUUUGCAGGUCCUCCUGGCACAUGGUGCUGAUGUUGACAGCUUGGAUGUCAAGGCACAGACACCACUUUUUACUGCUGUCAGUCAUGGCCAUCUGGACUGUGUGCGUGUGCUUUUGGAAGCUGGUGCCUGUCCUGGUGGUAGUAUCUACAACAACUGUUCUCCCGUGCUCACAGCUGCUCGUGAUGGUGCUGCUGCCAUCCUUCAGGAACUCUUAGGCCAUGGUGCAGAGGCCAAUGUCAAGGCUAAACUACCAGUCUGGGCAUCAAACAUAGCUUCAUGUUCUGGCCCCCUCUAUUUGGCUGCAGUCUAUGGGCAUCUUGACUGUUUCCGCCUGCUUUUGCUCCAUGGGGCAGACCCCAACUACAACUGUACUGACCAGCACCUAUUGGCUCGUGUCCCACAGCCCCGCACCCUCCUUGAAAUCUGCCUCCACCAUAAUUGUGAGCCAGAGUACAUCCAGCUACUAAUUGAUUUCGGUGCUAACAUCUACCUUCCAUCUCUCUCCCUGGACAUGAACUUGCAAGAUAAUAAAGGCACUGCAUUGCUGCUACAGGCCCGAGCCACUCCACGGUCACUACUGUCACAGGCCCGUUUAGUUAUCCGCAGAGCCCUGCACCAGGCCAGCCAGCCACAAGCCAUUGACCAGCUGGAUCUUCCCCCUGUGUUGAUUAGCUACCUCAAACACCAACUGUAAUCUUGCAGCCUUAACAGAAACCCACAAUACCUACAAAAACCACCUGGGGACCCAGGUAGCUGAAGGGCUCCACCCAUUCACCUGGAGCUAUUCCAUAUCCUCCACAAUAAGAUACUCAUCAAAAUAAAUCCUGGUGGCUGCUCUCCUGUAUUAUCCUCCACAAUAAAAUCCUCAUCAAAAUAAA